GUCAGUUACAGUGCUCUCGCACGUCCUAGUCGUGAAUUGUACUUGACUCUACCGCCGGUGACAUUCACUUUGCCUUCUUGUGAAAAAAAAAAAAAAAAUUAAGUAAAAUAAAUAAAAUAGACCUAAUAACAAUGAUUAAAUAAUUCAGUUUGCUCAGUUUUAUUCUUUUUUUUUAAUUAACGAUUGUGCAAUAUAUCUAGUGAUGUAUUUAUUUUUUCAAAAGGCAACAUUGAAUUUAAAAUAAAUAAAUAACUGUAACAAUGGACCAAGAAAUAUUUCAUCAAAUAAUAAUAGGAAUAGUUUGUAAUUUGCUAAUAAUUGAUUGCGGAUUACACGAAGGAUGGCCAACAGUAACUUUACCAAAAUUCGGUACUGAAGAUCCAGUGACUUUGACAUCUAAUCAAGAAGUCCUUUUGAUCAAUUUGUUGUAUCUGGGUGUUAGUUUUGGUGCACUAUCACCGAUAUUCCUGAUGGAUCGUUUCGGACGUAAAUGGACACUACUGUCAGCCGCAGUACCAAAAAUAUUCAGUUGGAUAGCUAUUGGGCUGGCAAAUACACACACAACUCUCUACUGUGCCCGUUUACUUGCGGGAAUUGGAUGCGGUAUAACUUACUCAGUAAUGCCAAUGUACAUUGGUGAAAUUAGUACCAAAAGAACACGUGGUCCACUGGGAACAUUACAAUCUGUUUUAAUAAAUAUCGGAAUACUCUUUAUCUACACAAUAGGGUUGUACGUAACACGUUUUACAAUGGCAAUGAUGUCACUUGUGUUACCCGUGCUUUUCAUUGUGACUUUUGUAUGGCUUCCCGAAAGUUCAGUUUAUUUAACCCGAAAAAAUAAAUUUAUCAGCGCUGAAAAAACUUUACAGUGGUCAUUGGGUAAGAAAAAUGUUGAUGUUGAAUUUGAAGAAAUUAAACGUAUUGUUAAAACAGAAAAUCAUGUUAUGGCAAGGGGAUUUUUUAGUUCAUUCUUAAAAGCCAUGAAAUCGCGAGCUAAUAAAAGAGCUGCCCUUAUUAUGCUGAUAUUAGGAAGCGUUCUUUCAUUAACUGGAGCAGGAGCAAUUCUGACAUAUCAAUCAUACAUUUCAGAAGAAGCUGGCUUUCAUUUUGGAACAAAUUUAGGAAUUAUAACGACAGGAGUAGCUAUUGUUUUGGCAGGAAUAGUCUGUGUUUCACUUGUCAAAACCACAGGAAAACGAAGAUUACUUUUAUUAACUGCACCGCUUGCUGUACUUUGUCUCGGAACAAUAGCCACUUUUUUUACGUUAAUGACUUAUGGAUACGAUGUCAGAUCCGUUAAUUGGAUACCAACGGUAUUUGUUAUUUUUUAUGUUAUUAUUUAUGGACUUGCAUUUAAUCCAAUGCCAUUGGCUUAUCUUGGAGAAUUAUUUACGUUUGACUUUAAAGUUACUGCCGGUAUUUGUUCUUCUAUUUAUUACGCUAUCUCGACUACUGGAGUGAUUAAGCUCUAUCAGGUUUUACAUGACAGUUACGGAACUCACGUUGCAUUUUGGGUGAUUACAUUAAUAACACUAGUUUUGUGGAUAUUAAUGUAUCUAUUUGUUCUGGAGACUGAAGGAAUGAGUUUAGAGGAAAUACAGAGUGCAUUAAAUGGUGAAUAUAUUAAAAGGAAACCCUCUAAAAGAAAAGAUGUCACCGAUACUGACGCCAUUAACAAAAUAAACCUCAACGCGAUAACGACAACCAAUCCUACGAUUAAUUAAUUUAUAAUAUUGUUAAAGACUAUAAUCUUUUUAUUAUUGAAAAAUGUAAAUUU